AUGGGGAAAAAGAACAACAAGGGUGCGGGCAAGGCAUCAAACCAGCCACUCUCAUCAAGAUCGUUUAAUGUUGGAGGAUACUCAACCGCACCAAGUACAGCGACUACCACCGCUACCAUAGCGACAGAUCCAAGACUGGGAUACAAAGUCCGAGUUCUUAUAUACGACUUCCUCAGCGUCACAAAAGACCCUAACUCAGCCAAGCGCAUCAAUUCUACAACCGAUGAACACUAUAUCAGUGCUCCAUAUUUUGACGAGACCCAAGCUGCGAUAGUCAAGGCUGCAGCUAUAGAUAUUAAACUUGGAAGGUACACUGAAACCGCUGAUGAUAAGGAUCUCGAAACCCUGGUAUUACAACAAGGCAAAAGCUUUGAGGACGCUGUUCGUGCUUUUCUAAAUAGUUUCAUCGACAAAAGACGUGUAAGCGGCGAUGCUCGGCCGUGGGGACCUCAACAUUUAGCGCCCAUGUAUGCCAAUCUCUUUAGUAUUAACAUGGAGGAGUUGAAGGAUGCCAAGUUCCUUGGUCGACUGAGGAGAUCUGGACUAUGA